AACACCUCUGUUUGUGACGACGCGUGAGAUUGAAAAAAAAGCAACAUCUCAGCAGUACACAAACUACUCCUCGUCUCUGCCGAUCAUCCAAAUUUUUAUUAAAUCAAAAUCAAAAUCAUAGUCAAAAUCAAAUCUAAAGUGCUUUCCCUCUUUCCUUCUCUUUCUCUAAGCACACAAAUAAGGAAAGAAGAUGAAGAAAGUCUUCGGUGUUAAGAAGGACAAGGGAGCGACGCCUUCUAUUCAAGAUGCCACCGAUAGGAUAAAUAAAAGAGGGGACACGGUUGAUGAGAAGCUGAAGAAGCUGGAUGCUGAGCUUUGCAGGUACAAAGAACAGAUCAAAAGGACAAGGCCUGGCCCUACUCAAGAGGCUAUUAAAGCUCGAGCCAUGAGGGUUCUCAAGCAAAAACGAAUGUAUGAAGGUCAACGUGAUAUGCUUUACAAUCAGACGUUCAACCUUGAUCAAGUUGCUUUUGCUUCUGAAGGUCUUAAAGAUGCUCAACACACUAUGUCAGCCCUGAAAUCUGCCAACACUGACCUAAAGGGAAUAAUGAAGACUAUGAAGAUUCAAGAUAUAGACAACCUGCAAGAUGAGAUGAUGGACAUGAUGGAUAUGAGUAACGAAAUCCAAGAGACCUUGGGCAUAAGCUAUAAUGUGCCUGAUGACAUUGAUGAGGAUGAACUCAUGGGCGGACUUAAUGCUCUCGCAGCAGACAUGGGAAGUGAAGCUGAUGGUAUUCCCUCUUAUCUUCAACCUGAUAAGGAGGAACCGGACUUGGAUGCAGAGCUCAAUUUGCCUUCAGCACCUUCAGGAUAUACAGCUGCACCAGCUGGCAGGUCCAAUGCCCAGGACAACCUUUUUCCUUGCAGUUUUAGUCAAGUUUUAAAGCAUCUAAUACAAGAAUUUUACAGCUUUUUGUUUUACAUAGGCAUAGUUGUGUGCUUAACAAUUGGGACAUUUGUACUAUCGGUCCCAUUAUUUCUUUACUCUGCGUGCAAUAAUAUGCAUAUUUUGUUCAAACUUGUAAAUUUUUCUUCUUUUUUUUUUUUUCAAUAUCAUUUAGGGUCCACGUCACUACUUCUUUCCCUAUUUUGACAACAUGACAAAUUUAUGUUUCAAAUGACAUUAAGAUAGUGCUUAACAAUUGGGAUAUUUGUACUAUUGGUCCCACUAUUUCUUUACACUUCAUGUUAUAUAUAUGCAUAUUUUGUUCAAACUUGUCAAUUUUACUUUUUCUUAUUUUUUUAAUAUUGUUGUAGGGUCCACUUCAUUGCCACUUUCCCUAUUUUAACAACAUGACAAAUUUAUGUUUUCUAAUGAGCUCCUGUAAUUUAUAGUAGUUAUAAUUGGUUUUUAGAGAUGCUGAAGUAUCAAUAUGUUGAGAUUGGUUUUGCAUCUGUCUCGGUUAUCUGUAUUUAAGCAAACAUUGAUGCUUAGCAGGGUGAGGAUGAACUUGGUUUGCCUACUGUUCCUCGAGCAUCUGUCCGUGGUUAGAUGGUCUGCUUCUAUGCAUUAUUGCACGCAAAUAGGAGGUAGGUGGACAGAGCAUGCCCAUGUAAACAUAUUGUGCAGAAGUAGCUUCCACUGGUGCUGCUAUUUAAUUGAUUUAAAUGGGUUGGGGUUUAUAAUAAUCAUUGCUGCAUCAAUUUUAUGAAGGGGUUAAAAUUGUUUUAAUUGGAAUAUUCAUGUAUGAUCACACUGCAUGAUGAAACCUUAUGAUGAAUGUAGUAUUUGGUUGACACGAAAUAUUGCUGGUUUGUUUUAAUCAAUGUAUUCUUUCGUUUGUCUGAUGAUUUUGAUUGAGAACUAAAUAAAGCUUGCAAUGUUGACGUGGGAGAUUGCAUGAUUGAUGUGUUCUGUUUAAACGGUAAUGCUAAUGUUGACUCUUUUUCUGCCUAUUUCGUCACAUUUGAAAUGAGUUUUCUUUCAUUUUGGAUGGUAAUGCUUUUGCAAAGUUUGCUUCUUUCCUUCUAAAUCAUGCAAGUAGUGGUGAUAAAAAGACAACAAACGAGUUAAAAGAGAGAUGGUGCGACUUGAAGUAAAAAAGAUUACAGGAAAUCUGGUGUGAUUUGAAAAUGUCCUUACGUAAUUCUAGCUUUACGGGGAUCCUUGUCUUCUAAAGGCAGUGGCUUCACAUCCCUUAAAACGUAUUUGACAUAAAUUAUUGGGUUCUGGCAAUAAAUGUUGGUUUUCAGUCAGAAUCUUCACGAUAGAGGCGAAGACAAGGUAAUAAAAAGCUGGUGGUGUAGGUUUCAAAAUGCUCCAUUGUAAUGGGCGUCAAAGCACUGCAAAUGUUCGGACUGAUACGUCGAUCUAUUCGUUUU